AAUAGUUUCAGGUGGCUCGGUGACAUAAGAUGUUUAGAGUGUAAACACGAUGUAGUCCAGAGGAUGGAGGUUCACCUCCACAAGUCAUGGAAGAGUUGAACGAUCCUUUAAUCCGUGUUAAAAAAGAUCAUACCCAGCUAGUCAGGGAUAAUGCCAUUAAAAUAAAAAACUUAUUUAAAGUUCGGUUAUGUGAAACCGUUGUCGAAGAAGACAAUCUGAGUGUUUAUUUCAGAGUGGAACCUGAAGAGCAGUGUAUUGACCUGCCAUUAAUACAACAAUUACAGAGGUACGUAGACUGGCUGCCGACGGAGACACGAGAAGCCUGCGGCGGUGAAGACAGCAGCUAUGACUCAGACGACACGACUCAUUAUGACGGAGACGACGCGAGGCACGCUGAAGUCUCCAGGACGACUUCGGACACCCUCGGCGCUGAGUUCGCAGAGUACGUCACGGCAGACACGAACUACACGACGAGGCUGGAGUUCGCCCUCAAGCUGGGUUACACCGAGCGGCAGGUCCAGGCUGCGUUGGCUAAGCUUGGACCAACACCCGACCAGAACCAACUGCUUGAGGAACUUAUAAAGAUUGGUGCUCAAGGCCAAGGAUUAGGCAGCGAUGGAAGUUGUGAUUGGGAGGAAGAAGAACCUGUGGCAUACGAACCCACUCUCCAUGACGAGACCAAACUUCGACCUGUCGUAAUCGAUGGCAGUAAUGUAGCUAUGAGCCACGGAAACAAAGAAGUUUUCUCAUGUCGAGGAAUAAAAAUAUGCGUCGACUGGUUCAGAGCUAGGGGUCAUAAAGAAAUUACCGUCUUUGUGCCUAGAUGGAGGAAAGAAGCUUCCAGGCCUGAUAAUCCUAUCACUGAUCAAGAAAUCCUCGGUGAACUCGAGAGAGAAAGGCUCUUGGUAUUCACUCCUUCGAGAUUAAUCUUUGGAAAAAGACUGGUGUGCUAUGAUGAUCGAUAUAUUCUGCGACUUGCCACUGCUAAUGGUGGCAUAGUUGUAUCAAACGACAACUACAGAGAUCUUGCUCAGGAAAGCCCUGAGUUUCGGAAAGUUGUUGAAGAAAGGAUUCUUAUGUACUCCUUUGUAAAUGAUAGAUUCAUGCCUCCAGAUGACCCUCUGGGACGUAGUGGACCAACUUUAGACAACUUUCUGCGAGUAAGGCGUAGUGAACCAGCUCCACCUUGCCCUUACGGAAAGAAGUGUACCUACGGGGCUAAGUGUAAAUUUCAGCAUCCCGAAAGAGGUACCCUCCCUCAUAAAACUAUUACUGAAAGACUAGUCGAGAACGCACAACGGCAGCUUCAAGCCAGAGCUGUUGAUUCUAGUCCUGGUAAACAAUUGAAAGGAAAAUCUCUAAGUUUACCAUUGCAGAACAGUGAAGAUAAGUCAAUCAGAAAAGCACCACUUUCAAGAACAAAAUCAGUUGCUACUAGUAGCAGUGAUUGCCCUGUAGAACCGCCACCAUUUGCUGCUGGGCAAAACCUGCACAAGAAACUACAGCGGCAGCUUACCCUGAACCCAGGAGGGGACCCUCGGCUGUGGAAGCACCAAGGAGUUAGCAGGAUCUUGAGCGCAGAUACCGCAGGCUACAUCGCAGGUGCAGCGGCGCAUCAGCAGCACACUAGCGUCGCUCGAAUCAGUUCGGCUCCGGGUCCACACACGGGCCUACCAAGGACAAGGCCUCCGUGUUCAGCGUCAGACCCACAGCUGUCGACCGACGAAGCCCGCCGCAGGCUUCACUAUCACCUAGCAAAUAUUUUCCCUGAGGAGCAGGUUACUACAGCGAUGCAGCUCUACCCGACCGAAACCAAUCCUCAGAGGAUAUGUGCCGCCAUCCUCAACCUGUUUCCAUCCAAACAGUAGGUUAUCUCUACUAUCGCUGUCUCUCUUAUCAGUCCUUUCACCAUUGUUAGUAACUUAGUUACAUAUGUGUGCAUCAUAGUUAUAAUACAGUGUACUUCGCCUGUUUAUAUCAUCACUAUCAUAUGUUUACAUUGCUCAUAGGUUGUUUUUGUGAUGACCUGUUUGGUUAGUCUCUAAACUUUAGUUACCAACAGUGCAAUACUUAAUUAAAAUCAAUUAAAGGAGCUAAUACAGGAAAGUUCUAUUUGAAUAAAAUUGGUUUCUCAUAUUAGCUAUAGUAUUUUUGUAAAAGAAAUGUGUUACAUUAUUUUACAAAUAACUAUGUAAGCCUAAAAUAUAAUAAAGCUUACUUAUUAUUCAUUUUAUAAAAUAGAAAUUUUACUUUAUGUAUAUGGUAAUUUGAUUAUGGUCUAACCGAAUGGCCUUUUGGAAUGUCUCACAAAAUCUUAAUUAGGAAGUUAAUGCCAUUCAUAAAAUUAUUUCUUUGUUGUAACAACUUAAAGGGAGUGGGGUAGCUCAGUGGUAGGGCACUGAGCAUCUAAUGCAAAGGUCCCAGGUUCAAACCCCGUCUCAUUGCAGAAAAUUGAUUUAUCUGUUUCAUUGGCCGUGGGGCGACCCUGGAUCGGAAGACCCUCCUGGGGCACACCCAGCCUCUAUAAAGUGGGUACCCUUAAUUAAAUAAUUAAUUAAGGGGGAAAACCUGGCGGUUGAGCGUGAUCUCGGUCAAAUCACCUCCUUGCACAACCGUUGACCUAGAAACAGUGCUUUCCCUAAAUAGUACUGAACUCUAGACUCUUUAUGGGUUGUAGUGGUACAGGUUUUUUUUUUUUUUUUUUAUAACAACUUAAAAAUUUAAAUAUUAUGUUAGCAUUUCACAAUGAAAUAUCAGGCUAAAACAAAAUAUAUACAGUUAUAUCUAUCAUUUAAUUUUUUUUUUUCAAAUAUCUUUUUAAACCAGAAGAAAGUACGAUUACUUGAAAAAUGUUCUCUUCAAGUCGAAUGAAUAAUUAAACUAGCUUAUUAUUUUGAAGCAUAACUUGGCUUGGCUAAAUCCAAUGAGCUUAAACCAGUGUCAUUGAUGUUGUUAACAUUGGAUCAAAUUUCUAAAGUAUUAACUUCCUAUGAUGAGUUUUUUAUUUUGAUAUAAAUAUUUUUUAUAAAUAAAAUGGAUGUUUUUUCAAAUGUCUUCGUAAUAAAUUCACUCAUGUGACUAAUUUAAUAUUAAUCACAGUGUAGUUUGUAUAUGACAGAUACUUCACCUAAACUAAACACCUAUGAGUUGAUAUUCCGUAAAAAUGUUGAAAAUCUUUCUCUUAUCAUUCCUUUUGAUUUUUUAAAAUUAUUAUUGUAUGUAUGUUAAUGUACAUAAUUUUUAAAAAAAUAUUUAUUUCAUAUUAUUUAUUUUAUCUCUUGUUUUUUAUGCGAGUACAUUUUAUUUUAUCAUACAACUGCCAAUUUAAUUUAUGAUUUUAAGUUUUAUAUUUAGUCAUUGUAGUGAAAUCCUAAACUUACGGUGGUUUCUUCCUUUUCUCUUUGAUGUGCAGAGCGUUUGACUGUUCUGGCCAUUGAAGAGCGAAAUAUCUUCAUAUUGAAGAAUAUUUAUUAACUAUUGAAUUAUAAUUUAAAUUUGUCCAUUUUUUCGAUAUGAUACCAUGUAUCACCAUGAUAAAUGUGUUUAUAUAUUAAUAUAUAUAUAUGUGUGUAUGUUUAAAAACAUUAUGAAAGAAAGAUUGUUAGAUAUUAUUUAAGUGUGUAUAAAUUUUUAUUUAAAAAAAAUAUUAAAUUUAUUUGACAUAAAUAACAAGUAAAAAAAAAAAUUCAUUUAUUUUUUAUUUUAUUUCUUUUAAUCUGAGGUGAAGAAAAAAAUAAAUCAAGCAUCAUGUGUUUUGCUGAAAUAUUUCUAAAAUGUGGUAUAAUGGAUUGUUAUUUUCUAAUUAAAUAUUAGAGAUAGAUAAUUUUAAUUUAAAACCUCAAAAAAAAGUAAAACUUAGUGCAAUCGACUUGCUGAAAUAUUGUUAUACACAUUUGGUGACGAAAGAGUAUUCAUGUUAAAAAUGUUCUUACUUUGUGGAAAUUAAAUAUAUGUAUGUUGUGUUUAGAAAGAUAUAUAUAUUUAAAAAAUGAGUUUCUAUGUGAUUCCUUCAAUAUAAAAAUCUAUAUGAUCUGUUAAUAAAUAUCUUUAAAAUUAAAGAAAGGAAAAAAAAAAAAGAAAAAAAUACGUAUAUAUAUUAUGUUUCUAUCAUAACUUCACUAAUAUUAGUGGCUAAAUAACAAUUGGUAAAGGUAGUUUAGAUUAUUUUUAUUUUUUAUUUAUAUUUAUAUGAUUUUGUACAUUUUUGUUGUUAGUUUUAAUUUUAUAUUAUGAUUACAAUACUGUGUAUUGUUACUAUUAUUGGGCUAUGAGUCCUUGUUAAAUUGUUUCAUGUACCAAUGUUUUAAUUUUUAAAAUAUGUUUAAUUUUCCUAACAAAAAAAAUUAGAUGUUUAUAUCCUUGUAUAAACAAUGUCUUACCUAUAAAUAAAAAAAACAACAAAACAAGCAAACAAUAAAACCAGGUGAUUCAGUUAUUUAUUUUAUUUAUUUAUUUUUUUUUCCUUAUUUUGUUCGGAUUGCUUUGAACCUUCAGGAUGAUUGGUUCUAUAAAUUUGGUUUUCUUGAAAGGAAUUGGGCAAUCAUCGGGAAGUACUUCUAUGUCUAACCGAUCUUUACUAAUGUUCAUUUCAUCUGCUUCAUCAGAAAUAGACUCUUCAUCAGGAGGAUGAAAAACUCUGUAAUCACUUGAUGUGCGGUAAAGAUAAAGAGAAGAACAGUCGAUAAUCAUUUCCGUGAAAUUUGUAUCAGCACUUUUUUUGUAUUUGAUAUCUUCCGUUUCCUGUUUUUCAUCAUGAGUUGGAUCUGCUGGUUCCUCUAAAUCUUUACUGAAUCCUUUAGAUAGGUCAAUGACGUGCUUACAUAAUUCAUGAAACUCGUGUUCUUCGUUCACAGUUACAUCUUUC